GCAUGGCAAUCAUACAAUGGAAGCAUGGGUGUUUUGUUCACGUUCUUCAGCCAAGAAGCUUUAUCCUCUGUUGAACUUGGUCCCACUUCCUGUUGGGACAUAAAGGAGGCCCUGAAGACCUUGAGUGCCCUUCCUGCACCAUUAAAAGUAGACUGUGUGCAGACUGGUGAUGGAGAUGCAGCUAGCAUGGACUACGUCAUCGAGUGGGAUAACUGGAGUUCUGAUCUUUUGGAUGAGUUUUCGGGGGAGCCAGCACUGGUAGGGGCAAUUUUGGUUCCCAUGGAUGAGGUCUGGUCGGAUUUGCUCGAAGGUGCUGAAGAAUUUGCCAAAGCACCAGAAGCAGCUCCUCCAGGGAAGGCUGAGGUUGUCAGAGAACAGGCUUAUGUCCCUGAUCUGGGAGGCACUUUCGAUUUGUAUCUGGAUGGUGGUGGCCGAGAUGUGUCCAAAGUCCCAUUUGAUAUUCCUGAUUGGAAGAUUGGCUCAAUUAUAUAUGAGUUGACAUCUCUGUCAGGCGCAACAGCCAGUGUCCAAGUUAUGGGGGUCAACGAGACACAUAUGGUUCGCAGGUGGCAGAUCAACUUUCCCCGUCGGACUACUGAGUUUCCACUUCUGCAGGUUGACAUGAGCAAUCUUUUGGGACGAGACAUCAACGUGACUACUUCGCGCUUAAGGAGCCUCUCACCCCCUGUGACUGGCAUGUUUGAGAUGAGUUUCCGAGGCAAAGGAAAUGUUUCCGUUCCAUGGGAUGCAUCCAGUGAGGUGAUGAGAAAUGCUCUCGACAUCAUGCUGAAUCUAGAACCAGGGGUUGUGUCUGUGACCAAGAGGAGCUCCUGCUGCUGGACACAUAUCUGGGAAGUUCAGUUUGAUGCAGCAGAACUAGGCGGAGAUCUUCCAUGCAUUACACUUUCGAAAGGCAGUUUUACAGGUUUGAAUACCUAUCUUCAGUGCUCUGAGUUGCGGAAAGGGACACUUGGUCGAUUCCAAGGACCUGUUACAGCUGAAUAUUUACGACUACCAGUACCAGCUCCCACUGUUGUCAAUGUUAGGGUCAAUCGCGUACUUGGACAGUGCAGAGAUGGGCAGCAUUGUGCUUUGAUUUAUGACCCCUCCUUGACACCAAGUAUUAUGUCUGUGAGCCCCAAGGAAGGCACUGUUGAGACUGUGUUUACCAUAUCAGGGUCAGGAUUUGUGAAAGACAUGAGGAUGAUUCAACUUUUCAUUGGUCAUAAAAAGGCAAAUGUGAGAAACACCACAGAAACUACAAUCAUGGUUGUGCCAGCGCUAGACACUCGAUCGGGACCAUCAGAAGUCAAGGUGCUGAUCAUGGGAGUGGGCCAAUCAAUAGGAGUCAUGGAAACAUCUGCAAGGGUCAUGGUUAGGGCCCUGAAAGUGGGAUCAGCAAGCCCAAAAUACGUCGCCCUACAAGGCCAGACUCUGGUCACCAUCUCAGGUAGAGGGUUCGACUCAGCAGAACUGACGGUUCAGUUUGGCAUUUGGGGACCUGCUGUUGUUCUUUCGCAGAGCGUCACCAGCACCUCAUUCGUAUGUGUGUCUCCCCCGGCCUUGGAGAUCAACGGAACGGAGGAGCUUAUUGACAUACAUGUAUUCCUUGAGUACAGUGACGGUUUCGUUGAGAAUGCUACUCUUGCUGGUGCCGUUGCAUAUGUUGAUCCAACAGCAAGUGAAACGCAGUAUGCAAUACCAAUCAUAACGGCCCUGAGUGCUCAAGAGCUUCCUGCUGGACGGCCGGGGUAUCUCAACAUAAGUGGAUGGUUCCCUGGUGAUUAUGCCAGCAACCAAAGGUAUGAGGAUGUGGUAAUCAGCAUUGGAGGUGAUAUGGCCAGGUGCCAUGUGAUAGCAAUGCGACUUGAUGAGAUUACCUGCCGAUACUCUUCUCUUCAACCUGGAUAUCACAAUGUCACGGUUUCACUUUCUGGGAAUGGGACAACAGUGACAAAUGGCAAUGAUAUUGAAGUAAGAUAUGGCAUAUUUUCGAUAUCGCCAUCUGAAGGGAGCAUUGCUGGAGGGACUGAGCUGGUGAUCCAAGGAGAAGGUUUUGUGCCUAUGGACAACUCUGAAUGGGCAAAUGUUGUGUUCAUUUCUGUCCCGGCAAGUUCUUCAAAUCCUAAUGGGGUGGUUCCCUCUCGAACACCAUUCAUCAUGAGUAUGACUCCAAGUGUCGUCCAAGCAGGGAGUACCCUCUACAUCAAUGGCUCCAAUCUGCAAAGCAACGCCUCGGUGUUUGUCAAUGACAGGCCAUGCCCUCGGAGCAACAACAUACACCCUCUUCAGCCAGGCUCACUAGAAUGCAAGGUGCCAUAUUUGGCUGUUGGUGUUCAUAGAAUUCGAGUCAGUGUUCCUGGGCUUGGAAAUGCAGCCAGUGCAGGAGAUCUCUUAGGGUUUGUCUUGUACACUGGUUCUAUAUCGACAAUGUCACCAACCGUUUCAUCCCUUGCUGGUGGGCUAACCGUCACAGUAACUGGUUCGGGGUUCAAUGACACACAUUUGCAACAAAAUCAAGUGCAGUUUGGGAGUUUUGACUGCAAGGUUAGAUCUGCCCAGAAGCAAGGCAGCAUGACAGUUUUGGAUAACGGCCAAUCGAAUUCCCAGGAUGGGGAAGCUCCUGCAAAUGCCCCAGCCAUAGGGGCUCUGGAAGUGUUCCCAUCUGAGGAGGUUCCAUAUAGUGUACCCACAGGAAAUGCUUCAGAAAUGCUGGGGCAAGGAGAGGAAUUGCUGACGUGUCAGGUCGAUUAUCCGAAGGGCCUUAUUGGAAAGUACUACGUCAUGGAGAACUUGAACAAUCUUCCAAACUUUGAGGGUCUUGUGCCAUCUGCUACUCGUUUAGAGCCCAAUAUCACUUUUGACGACAACUCUUUCAGAAACUUGAGAAGUUUGAUCAAUGAUGCCUCAUUUGCUGCAGAAUUCAUGGGUUACAUCUUCAUGCAGCUGGCAGGCACCUACCAGUUCUUCAUCAUGUCAGAUGAUGGAGUCAGACUAUUUAUUGACAACACGAAAGUUCUCGAAGACGACAGGAAACGGGGACCAGAACUCUCAUCUGGGUCCUUCUAUGUUAGCAGGCCAAAUGAGUGGCAUCUGUUUUACCUGCAAUACUUUCAAUGGGGUGGAACGAAAUGGUUGCAAUUCUUCUGGCAGCCGCCUGCUGCAGAUGUAAUCACAGCCGCAGUUGAUGCAUCUGCUUUGCCUCCGAGCGCUUCCAUCAGUGACAAACACACUUUCAGUCCAGGAAAUUCUUUGAUGGUUGCACCACAGUACAGCAUGCCUCCAGGUAAUCAUUUUGGUGAAAAUGCAUCCCUCUUUGUUCCAUCAAUUGAUCCAUUCCUGGACUCCUUCAAAAGGCCCAGUAUGACUUCAAGAAGCUGGAAUGGACACCCAGUGCUUGGUCAGAAAACUCAGCAGCCUGGUGGCUGGUGGUCGACAGGGUCGACAAUGACAGCCGGUGUCAAUAAUCAUGGACCAGAAGUUGCUGCACGUCCUGAUAUGGAUGUGCGCAUUGAGAAAGCUCAAACUGGAAUUCCACAGGAAGUCAUUCAGCAGAUUCUUUGGAUGGCAGAACCGGAUCAUGAGGCAGGUGAGCUGCAGGAUGUGGCGCUUUCUGAUGACCAUCACCCGAACAACUAUUUGCAAAACGUAAACAUAUCCAGUACUAAAGACCACACGCAAGUCUACUAUGCUGAGCAGUGGCUUCAGUCUCUUUCCUACUUCAGCAACCUGACAGCGCAGACUGUUGAGGACCCAACCAAAGCGUUAAGCUACGAGUAUUAUGCAGCCAUGGCUAGUGAAUCGCACAGCAUAAGUGACUAUCAGGUGUUGCUGAGUGGAACGGGCGCUAACAUGCCAAAGCAAAGGAUUGAUAAGGAUGUAAACGGUGAAAAGUUAUCAAGCUCUUUUGUGCAGGGAAGCGACAAGCCUAUUCCAUUCCUGCCACACGUGGGCCGUGAUACCAGUCGUAAUCUUCAAGCGAAAGCAAGGCUGGCAGUUCCUUCUGAGGUUUUUUCAUCAGAAAAUUGAAGAAGGUCCCAAUUGUAGCUAUGACACGCGUGUGAUGGAUGUUAAUAUUCCAAAUCUGCUAUCCAUGUGACUCACUGGUAGGAUUUCAAAUCUACUGUCUAUGUAACUCACUGUCAGCAUUCCAACACUGUUAUCCAUGUCUUCUGGGAUCACAACCGGUUCCCUAGAAUAGUGAGUGGUGAUUGCAAGGUUGCAAUGAACCCAAAUCCAAGAA